AACACACCGAUCCACAUAAUCCGCAUGCACGUCAUUAUCUACAACCAUAUCAUGGAAUGCAUCUCUCUACAGACUCGACGCGGGUUCAUCAACAUGCACAAAAUAUCCAUCUCAUAUUAUCAGAAUAUUUUAAUAAUUUAAAUCAAAAUCAGCUUAAAACGUUACAGCCUAAUAGUUAUGAUGCUAUUACCCGAGAAACAAUAUUAUUUCCUCAAACAGAUCUAAACGCUGAUUAUAACGCAGCUAUAAGUAAUCAAGAUACCACGAGCAUUGAUUUUAUCGAUAAUACGCCACUUUUAUCGCAUAAUAGUUUUUUAUUCCCUAAAGAUACACCGUUCCUUUCUAUUGGCUAUUUAAAUAGUUUUUAUGAUACUAUGGAAUUAUCAAGUAGACAAGUUUUAUUUGAUCCUCUUAAUUCGGACGACUAUUAUGUUCACAAUAGAAUGCAAUUAUUCUAUAUAGACUCUACGCAAGGUGACUAUCUUGUACAAAAUAUUCAUAUAACGUCGUCAGAAUAUUUUAAUAAUUCAAAUCAACAUCAGCUUGGAGCGCCACAGCCUAAUGGUUAUAAUGCUAUUACCCAAGAGACAAUUUUCUCUUCUAAAGCUGCUAUAA